UUGCCCGAUAUAAUCCCCAGAUUGGAUACGUACAAGGGAUGUCCUAUAUAGCUGCUGUGCUCCUGAUGAUCCUGUCUGAGGAGGAGGCUUUCUGGGCUCUGGUUGCUCUGUUAGAGAAGCCCAAAUAUUUAUCCGAGCUCUUUGAUUCUUCUCUGGAGAAGAUUCAACAUCAAGCUUUGGUUUUUCAUCAGCUCCUGAAGCACAGGAAACCUCUGCUUUUUCAGCACUUGGAGGCUCUUGGGGUGUCUUCUCUACAUUUCAUCAUGCAGUGGUUUCUCACUCUCUUCACCUCUCUGCCGUGCUGGGACUCAGUAUUGGCCAUUUGGGAUCUCAUCAUGCUGCAUGGUCUGCUGGCUGUAUUUCGCACCGGCCUCACCAUCAUCCUGCUGCUGGAGUCUCGUAUCAUGAGCAUGAAUGAGGAGGCCACCGUUCUGCCCAUUCUCCUGCGGGUGCCUGUGGACGUCUCCCAGCAUUGUGUCCUGAUCCCAGCCCUCUGGAACACUGAUGUUCAGGAGUGGGAAAUCAACUGCAUGAACCGCCUAGUCUUGGAGGGGGCCAGUGGCGGACCGGAUGAAGAGAAAGUUAAAAAAGAAAGUGCAAAAGGCUUUACAAGUUCUCUCAGCGAUGGACAAAAAGAUGAAAAACCUUCUCAAGAAGUUGCCAGGAACACUUCCAAGAAAGCUCCUCCAGGUUCUAGCACUAAGAAUGUUUUCACGCGGCUACUGAAAGUGGCUCAGCGUUACAUUUUGGAGUCUGGCAAGCACAGUGCAUCUGCCAGGUCUUCUCCUGCCAAGAGGAGCCCUGCCCUCAGCCGCCUCCCCAAAACCAGAACCUCCACCUCCUUCACUCAGGCACAGGGUCGAACCAGGAGGAGCAGUAGCAGGAGUUCCCAGAAUUCCACUCUGGAUGUGGCCAAGGAGGAGCAGCUCCCUUCUCAAGAUUCAGAUGGAGGUGCCACUGAAGACAGCUCCAGCUGUUCGGCCUGGCGUGUGAAGUCAGGGCCCGUUGGUAAAGUGGCUCGCAGAAGGAGCCGAGGUCAGUCCGGACAAGGAAGAUCCCUCCUGCUGAAGAAUCGUAGCUCUAGAUCUCAACAGACAGCAGCUCAACCGUUUGUGCAGCCGGAGAGCAGCAACAAUGAUGAAUGUCAAGAAACCCAAAGCAGGCAUGUGGCGCUGAACGGGACAAACUUCAUCAUCUGCCCAAUGACAGCAUGUCAAGUGAGAGAAUCCCAGCUAAUUUGAGCCCCUCGAGGAACUGGUCAUGGAACAAAGUGUGCUCACUUCAUAACUGCUCAAUGAAACACCGUCAUUUUGACAAUUAAACAGGGCCUGCCUGACUCCUCCUCCACUGUCUCUGACCACGUGCUGAUACGCA